UCCGAGCUGGAGCCAGUGUUUUAUUCCCAGUAGGUUUGCGGCGGGGCGGAGGUUUGCGGGGACUGUAAAGAUGUCCUGUAAAACCCCAAAGCCCGGCGUUUCCAUGGCAAGCGGUUUCCAGGUGCCUGCUGCCCCGCCGCUUCGCUCCAGCUGCGCUGCGUGCGCCCCGGUGUGCUGCACCCAGCCUCCGCACUGCCGGCAGCACCGCUACGCGCUCCCCCGCCCCCCGCAGUAAGCCCAGGACGCCCGGACUCCUUGCCAGCUUUUGUUCUGCUCGUUACAAGGCACGAGCACGGCGUCUGGUGUCCUGGGGACUCGCUACUUGGAGACCAGAAAGGAAGGCGGCUGUUUCUUGCAGCAGCUCGUGCGCUGAGAGUCGAAACUGCUCCAGGUUUGCUGUCCCCGCUGCUUUCGUUUUCCAGCCUGACACACGCUGCGAGACGAAGGGACGCCCAUCAGCCUGAGGGGGAAACGAAAGAGUAGCCCUUUGCAACGGAGCCGGAAAGGCUGCGAUCGGCUGCUUUGCAGCCACACUCAACUGAGCUAGAGAUUUGUUUAAACAAUCAGUGACCUUGACAAAAACAGCAGACGCCGUUUGAAGGGGCCGAUGGGCGCUGAGGGUUGAAAGCUCUCUCAGAUGUUGCUACCAGGUGGGUGAACUUCAAAUGAAUUGGAUUCAAAAUACACUGCUGAUCAUUUCCAUAGAAAUGUCCCAUUAUCGGUUGGUUUCUUUUGGUGCUUUGCUGUGUUUUAAACCACUGGAUUUGAUCGUACCCUCAACCACAUCAAAGGGAGACGGCUGGUAACGAUGGCUUCCUGCUCCACAUCCAGUUGCUGCAGGCAGAGUUGUGCCGUUUUCUUUUGUCUCGGGAACAAAGACUCACUCUCACUGGACUUGAACACACUGGCUCAGAUACAGCAACUCCCUCUUCAUCCCCACUCUUCAGAUUCAAGAUACAAUGAAGAAAGUGGCUUCUUCCUUGUGUCUGAGCUCUAGGGCCAGCACCUCUGCCCCUGGUUUGAUCAUUUUCUGCACUUGUUUUUACAUCCAGAAGUUGGAAGCAGCCCAGUUCAGAGUAAUUGGAUCUGCUCAACCAAUCACUGCUGUUGUUGGACAAGACAUCCUGUUACCCUGCCACCUGUCCCCCAGAAUGAGCGCGGAGAACAUGGAAGUGAGGUGGUUCCGAAAUAACUUUGAAGCUUACGUGCAUCUGUACCACGAUAAGAGAGAUCAGUAUGGACAACAGAUACCAGAAUAUAGGGGAAGGACAGAGCUAUUGAAAGACAGCAUUGCGGAUGGAAAUGUUCCCUUGAAGAUUCUUAAUAUCAAGUAUUCUGAUGAAGGGCAGUAUAACUGUUUUCUUCACGAUGGCAGUACUACUGCUGGAACCGUAUUGGAUCUCAAUGUAAUAGUCUUAGGUUCUGUUCCCCUCAUCGCUGUGGAGGAUUACCAGGAGGGAGGGAUCCGCAUAGUUUGCCGAUCAGCUGGCUGGUUCCCAGAGCCCAAGAUGAUAUGGAGAGAUCCCAGUGGGCAGCAUUUGCCAUCACUUCCUAAAACAAAAGCUCAACAGGAUAAUGGCCUAUUUGAAACUGAAACUGCUAUUGUUAUAAAAGAAUAUAGAAACUCAAAAUUGUCAUGUUGGAUAAGAGACAAGUACCUUAGCCAAGGGAAGGAAUCAACCAUUUCUAUAUCAGAUCCGUUUUUCCCUCAGAUGAAUACCUCAAUGGUGACUCUGAUUUUUACCCUGGUGGUUUUGUUGGGUCUCUUUGUCUUGACCAUUUAUCUUUUCAAGCUAAGAAGGAUGGGAUUCAGUCCAUCCAGUGACAGAUACACUUAUAGUGUCUUUCCUCUGAUUGUGUCUUACGUAGGUGACCUUCUGAGACAACUUGGGUGGAGAAGACAUGCCAUCUGUCCAGGGCUGGGCAGAACUGCACCACCUGUGGAGGAAGUGAAGGUGACUCUGGAUCCAGACACUGCUCAUCCCGAGCUUGUCCUAUCUCAGGAUCAGAGAAGUGUGACAUGGACAGAGACAAAGCAGCAGCUGCCUAACAAUCCUGAGAGAUUUGAUGCUGAGCGCUGUGUGCUGGGAUGUGAGGGAUUCACCUCAGGGAGACACUGCUGGCAGGUGGAGGUUGGAGAGGGGGGAUACUGGGCUGUGGGGGUUGCCAGAGAGUCUGUGAAGAGGAAGGGAUGGAUCUGCUUUGGCCCUGAGGAAGGGAUCUGGGGUGUGCAGUGCUGGGGGGAUCUGUUCAUUGUUCUCCAAGGUCCUGAUCGCAGACCCCUGACCCUGGACCGGGCACCUAGAAGGGUCUGGGUGUAUCUGGAUUGUGCAAGGAGGCAGGUGUCAUUUUUUGAUUCUGAUACCAAGACCCUAAUCUUUACCUUCCCGCUGCCCUCGCUCACUCAAGACAGAAUCCAGCCCUGGCUCUGGCUGCGGGAUUCGAGAGUCCAGCUCAGGUUUCCCCACUGAGUCACUGAUGCAACCUUGCACUGCACCAGAGAGGAUCUCUUAGUUCAGGGGUUCUCAAACUGUAGGUCGCGACCCUCUGGGGGGUCAUGAGCAACUUAAAAGGGGGUUGCAAACUUCUCUGCCAUCCCCAUGUGCAAACACUCUGCAUGCUUCCCUCCCCGAGCAGAGAUGCACAUGUUCUUGGACUCGACCGGGGUGGUGGGGGGGUGGUGCAUAAAUUUAUAUAUUAUUUUAUGGGGUCAUGGUAUCACAAAGUUUGAGAGCCCCUGUCUUACUUGGCUUCUGUAGCCUCAUUCAUGCUCAUCUCUAUGACUCUGAAGGACUUACCUCUUCCUGGAGACUUUCAGCCCUGCAGUCUCUGUGAACCUGGAGAAGCAGGGUCGAUUCCUGCACUGUCAGGCCACAGGGAGCAGAAAGUGACUCAGGUGGAAAGACCAAUAUCUAAGCCUCUUUCCAAGCCUCUGUGACCCAGGGGGGCUGUAGAGUCUGCAGCAUCAGAGACUGCUCAGCUGAGCCCCAGGGAGGGGCCAAAAACAAGGAAAUAGAGGGACUGUUGGAUGCUGUUGAACCAGGAGGCACUUUCAUUGCAGUUCAUCCAUUCAUAGUCCCAAAGUGAGGAGAAGUGCAAAUUUUGUUCUUUUUCCCUUUGUCUGGUUGCUGAACAACCACCCCUGUGACUGGCUGCCUUCACAUUUAUGAUAAUAAACAACCUUUGAUCAAUAAAAGACA